UCUACCUCAGUCUUCAGCUGACGCUGGCUCUUGAUGGCCAAAGCAUUUUGCGUUACAUUUAAUUUUUUAUACCAAUAAUAACAAUGACAGAUCGACUCUCAGAAUCACAGGUGUUGCGUCUCGUAGAAGUAUAUCGAGAUUACGAGUGCUUAUGGAAUAUGUGGAGUGAUCUAUAUAAAAAUAGGGAGGCACGGCAAAUCGCAUACAGCGAAAUAUAUAGACGUCUCAAUAUUCCUGGCCUCGAACUAAAAGACAUACCAAAGAAAAUUAAAAAUUUAAGAUCUUCAUACUGUCAAGAAUUAAAAAGGAUGGAAAAGAGUAGCCGACAAGGAAAUACUGGAGAAUUUCUUUAUGAACCAAGAGUUUCCUGGUUCACCCUUGCAGAAAGUUAUUUAAAGCCAUUCAUAAAGAGACAUGAAUUAAUCGCGCCCGAUCCAUCAGUAAUUCCUGCAGGAGAAUUGGCCGCAUAUGGUCACUGCCAGACGACUGUUAAUCAUGGCAGUAAAGAAGAAAUGCUUGUGGAGAGCUUAAUAAGAAAAGAAAUUAAACACGAAGAUGAAUCAGAAGAAGAAUCUUUCAAUGAAGAAAAUACGGGGAAAUCACAAAACGUAGUUCUGAAAACACACGAACACUUAAGUAUAAUGAAAUUUCCUCAGCCUCUUCACCUAGCAAGAACGAGCACAAUAUCAGUCAAGCUAGCCAAAAUUGAAAAAAUUGCUAAAAAUAUCUCAAAAUCUGCUGAAACGUUUACAAAAACUACAGAAGACGAGUUUGACAUCUUCGGUCGCUAUAUAGCUAAGACGCUACGUUCUUUGCCAAAGGAACUAUCAAUUGCUGCAAAAGUAGCAAUUCAAAAAUCUGUAUCAGAUAUUCAAAUAAAGGCAGUUAGAAAAGAUAAGAUUGCAUUAGAAUCACAUGGUUGUUCAUCUACAACAGAAACGGAUGGAUCAAAAUAAUUUUACUGUCACGAAAUAUCCAUUUAUAGACAAAAAAAUAUAUAUUAUAGAAAAAUAUAAUAUUAGUUGUGUUAAAAACUAUGAAGUCGAAGCUUAUAGCUAAUUCUCUUAAAAUUUGUUGUUGUUUUUUCGUAAAUCAAAACGAAACUUAGUUUCAUGGAAUAUUUAAUUACAUAAGUAUCAGAUUAAAACUGUCCUAAAUAAAAUUUUAUGUACUUCUUAUUCCAUAAAACACAAAUUUUAUACAGAAAACAAAAGUAUACGAAGUCGUACUUCAUACAUCAUACGUCACUAUGUACCUUCCUAACUUAAGUAAACUAAGAUUUGCUAUUUCUUUUUCAUAAGGGUUUAUGUAAAUAUGUUUUCUUCCUGAAGCAUUAAAAAUUCAGUUCUCCAAGAAUAACACUUGAGGCUGACGAGCUCUUGACCGGGAUUCCAAUUUCGUUUAUUCGUCUAAGAUAUAUUCUUAUGACUAAGAUCAUAUUUAGAACUUGUAAGGACUGCAUUCAGAUACGUAAUUUUUGUAAUUCAUUGACAUAUUUCCGUUUAAUGAAAAUAAUGUUUAUCUUGUUAUAUAUAUUAAAACAAAUAUACCUUCAUUGUUAAUUAUUUUAAAAUUUUUUCGUUGUUAUUUGUUACCGGAAUUAAGUUUUUUUUUUAAUGUAACCUGCAUAAAAAUUUUAUAAAAUUAUCGUAUUAUAAUACGAAGUUAUCAAUUAUAAUAAUUUGGAACAAU